GAAAAGAAGUGUUAAUUAGUGUUUUAUUUAUCAGCCCUUUUUCUCGACACCGGCGAGUCUCAUCGACCACGAGGACCUGCCGAGAGGAAGCUGGUGCUGAUAUUUGAUCGUCGUGGAUCGGAGGAGGAGUAUCGACAGGGGUAGCGAGAGAAGGAGGAGAAGGGAUAAGCGACAGAGGCCUUAUAGGAGAGAUAAAAUGUCCCAGCAAAGAGAUGCUCGACAUGGGGAGGGACGACGAGUUAAUCGUCAGCGAUUGAGGUCGGCGUCACUCCAUCGCCCGGAGAGAGUGUUCGAACCCCCAAGGGAUGUCGCAAUGCCGCGCUCAUUGCUGGAUUUCCCAAAUCCAGACCCGAUGGAGACCGGAGAAUUGGGGGCAAUUCGUCGCCACUCCUUGCCGACUAGGGAAGAAGAGAGGAAAGAGGUUCCUCUUACCAAACCGAAGGCCUCAUUGUCGACAGAAACGGUGGACAACUACCCACAUCGACACAAAGGGGAGAGUUGGGAGCAGUUUGAGGACCGUUUGGCUGUCCUGGAGUUGGAGCGUUUUGUUCAGGACAAGCCGCGACAGACGACGGUGGGUUUGGAGAAGCUGAGGGAGGGCCAGCGAGAAGAGAUGGAAAAGAGGAAGAAAACGUUGAGAAAAGAAGAUCUCGUUUCUCGUGGUGACGAGGAUGAUGUUAGUAUUCCGACGAGACCAAUCACACCGCCUGGCCCUCCAAACCAAAAGAAAGAUUUGCGACCAAGGGAGAAGGAGAUGGACCGUGGUAGAUUUGGACCUCUACCCACUAAAACUACUGGGGUGAUGUUUCAGGGGUUGAAACCCAUCCCAACGGAUCCAACGAUUGACCCACCCCCCCGGGUGUGUCAAAAUUGUUGGCUGAGGGGCCAUCGUCGCCAGCAAUGCUCAAAGAAAGUCACCGAGUCCUGUUGUUUCAAUUGCGGCAGGAAGUAUGUGACCUUGGCGACAUGCCCAAGGUGUGCCGAGGCCCAUGAAAGGUUCAUUCGGGAGAAGAACCAAAAUCUAUCGACUGGGGUGUGUGGACGCGCAAGUACGACAAAGGGGGUGGACGCCCGGAAAGAAAAGUCGAGGGAAGUUGCUAAGGUUCCACUUUUAUUCGACAGAACCUCUUCUCGACCACCAAUUGUUGACAAGGGUCCUGAAGUGGAGUCGAUUCCGGAUGCUCCACUACCUUCUGCAGAAGUGGCGCCAGUGGAAGUUCCGGUCGUAGAAUUAUCGCAGGCGAUUGCAGAUUUGACAAGGGUCAUGGCCGGAUUACCACCAGAAACCAUCAACUUGGCGGUGAAGCAGUUGUUGGAGGAAAGGCGACAUGCCUUCAAAUAGAAGGUUUCCCCUGACCAGUGACUAUGCUGGCUUAAUUUUCGACGUGGGUUUUGGUGUUGUGGAUAGGCGUUACUGCUGGGAGUAGUAACGGCCUAGGGGAGGGGUGUUUGUGACGAAGUAAAUUCAUCACAAGGUGAAUUUGACUGGGGAUGAGUUUCGCGCGUAAUGGGGUUUGAUGGACAAGCAGAGCAGGCGUCCGGGACGUGGCGCCAUCACGGCGGCCACCGACGGAACAAAACGGAGACGAAGGUGGAUCGAGCGAAGGAUCAAUAGAUUUUGUCAAUGGACGCGAUAGCGAGUACAGGGGUACUGUAGUGUGUCCACGUUUGAGUUUUCGAGUACUAUUGUGUGUUUUCAGAGAAAAAUUGUAGUGUGUUGAGAGGGAGUCGAAGCUGAGUUCGACUCAAAUAAAAUAGAAAAGAAGUGUUAAUUAGUGUUUUAUUUAUCAGCCCUUUUUCUCGACACCGGCGAGUCUCAUCGACCACGAGGACCUGCCGAGAGGAAGCUGGUGCUGAUAUUUGAUCGUCGUGGGUAAGUCCAAUUUUGGUUGUGUCGUGUCUCAAGGGUCGUGUCCCU